AUGGCUACGUGGCAAGACAGGGUCCGCGCUUGCGCGGAGCGGCUGUGUCAGCUGCCGGACACGUCACUCGAGGAGAUCGAGGCCACGUCAGCACAGCUGAGGCGGCUGCUGGAGGAGGGAUGCGACGAGGGAUGCGCAAGUUCGCGGAAACCAGCAGCAGAAGAGGGAGAGACAGGGGAAGCAGCACGAGCAGGAGGAGCAGGAGUGGAGGGCCCCGAGGCGCGUGCUGCCGUGAAUGGCGGUGCGGAUGCUGCUGGAAAGGACUCGGAAAGCGAAGGCUGUUCCGCUCGUGCUGGUGCGGAUGAGCAGAGUCGGGAGCCCGCCGUGUGGCGCGUGCUGCAGCUGCUGAUGUCGCUGCUGUCAGGCCGCCAGGUAGUGCGGGGGAGGAGGGAUGAUGAGGCGGUGGGGCAAAGAAUCGAGCGUUUCUUCACCUCUUUUUUCUCCUCGUAUCGGCCCAACAAACCCCCUGACAUGCCGCAGCACCUCUCCCUCUCCUUCCAUCCAUCCAUGUACCCCUCAGGAACAUACCCUGCCACCAUGCCCCCAUCCCACCCCAUCCCAUCUCUGUCCUCACCCGCUCCCGUCUUCAUUUACCCCCUUUCAUUACACACCCCUCCACAACCAUCAACCCUCCUCUCAUCCCUUUCCUCCCUCUCAACCCAUUCCGCUUUCCAACCUCCCCCGCUCUUUCCUCUGUUUGAGACGACCCUUCAUUUCCCCCCCACACCCUCCAUUCGUCCAUCAGCAAUGUCUCCUCCUCCGCCCUACCUCAUGGGAUGCAUUCCCACCACCAUGCCACCCACCACCAUGCCACCCACCACCAUGCCACCCACCACCAUGCCACCCACCACCAUGCCACCCACCACCAUGCAACCCACCACCAUGCCACCCACCACCAUGCCACCCACCACCAUGCCACCCACCACCAUGCCACCCACCACUAUGCCACCCACCACCAUGCCACCCACCACCAUGCCACCCACCACCAUGCCACCCACCACCAUGCCACCCACCACCAUGCCACCCACCACCAUGCCACCCACCACCAUGCCACCCACCACCAUGCCACCCACCACCAUGCCACCCACCACCAUGCCACCCACCACCAUGCCACCCACCACCAUGCCACCCACCACCAUGCCACCCACCAUGCCACCCACCAUGCCACCCACCACCAUGCCACCCACCACCAUGCCACCCACCAUGCCACCCACCAUGCCACCCACCAUGCCGCCCACCACCAUGCCACCCACCAUGCCGCCCACCAUGCCACACCUCACCUCAUCACGCCCCAAUUGCCAACAAUCCUCCUCCAUUCUCCCCCCCCCCGCCCUCCUCUCCCAUCCCCACCCACCAGGCGUCUCUCCUCAUCGACCGGGCAUCGUGGGACAUCCUCCGCUUCCUCUCCUCGCCUCUCCCCUCCUCCCUCCCCUUCUCCUCCUCCCCUCUCUCCUCCCCUCCCUCCUCUCCCCCUCCCUCCCCUCCUUCCUCGCCCUCCUCCACACCAUCACCAUCCCACAUACCACCUGCACCAGCCGACGCCUCCCCGUGCUGCUGUGCGCUGGCGUGCCGGGCGGUGGAGGAGGUGGCAUCUGGGGCGGUGUUUCUCCUCGUCGCUCCCAUCUCUGCUCUCUUCACAUCUCGUCCCUUCCUCUACACCUGCAACCCCUCGCCAAACCCCUUCCUCCCCUCUCCCUCCCUCCCGUGUCUUCGCAGCUCUCUCGCGCAUCCCCCGCCAGCGCCAUCGCGCUCCCCCGCAUCCCCCGCCAGCGUCAUCGCUUCUUUAUCGACUUGGUGCCGCUUCUCCUGCACCUUGUCCAGCAGGCCUCUCACUGUGCCGUGCUGCCACCUCGCCACACACUGCUGCCAACACCACCAACACCACCAACACCGCCGCACACACUCUCCUCCCUUCCCCCCUGCACCUCCGCCUCUCAAACUCCAAUCUCCACUCCUUUUCUCCCCUCGCUCUCCCCUCUGUCUGAUGAAAUCUUCCUUCCCCCGCCCCCUCCCAGCCCCUUCCCCUCACGUGCCUCCGCCCUGCGUGUCUCCUCCUUCUCUGUGUCGCCCUCGCUUCCCACUCCUCCCAUCAGCGCACCAGGGGCACCACCACCGCACUCUACCCCUCUCAUUGCACCAGCACCGCAGCCUACCCUUCCCAUCACACCACUUGUGCAAGCCAACCCCCCUAUCGCACUGCCUGCUCCCUCCACCCCUCCCUUUCCUCCUGGCACCCGCUCCAUGAUCCCCCCAUCACCUCACGCAUCUCCUCCCAUCCCACCUCCCAACCCCACCGCACCUGCUCCCACCCCUCAACCCCCUCACACCCCCACCCCUCCUUUCCCUCCUGGCACUCACUCCAUCAUCCCAGACCUCUUUCAAACUCCCAGCAGCAGCACGGAGGCAGCAUGGUUGACCCAGCACCCUUUCCUGCACCUUUCCCUGCACCCCCCUUCCCCCUCAUCUUCCCCGUGCUCAGCGCCCUGGCUGCUCUCCACUGCCACCUCGGUGCCUUGUGGCCACUCAUUCCAGGGGAGAGCGCAGCUGAAUACACGCCUAGAAGCAUGGGCACAGGCAGCAGCUGUAGCAGCAGCAGCAGCAGCAGCAGCAGAGCAGGUGCAAUCGGUGGUGCUGAGAGCACAGAAGGUGGUGCUGCCAGUGCCACAGCACACUCUCUCCUCCCCUCUGUGGACCUUCUCUCCCUCACUGCCAGAUGAGGAGGAAGAAGAAGAGGAGGAGGAGGAAGAGGAGGAUGAGGAGGAUGAGGAGGAGGGAGAGGGUGCCAUCCUCUCCCUGCUAGACCUUCUCCUUGACCCCUCUGCUUCCUCUCCCGCGCCACCCUUGACCUUCCGCCUGCCGGAUCACUCAGACGCCCUCAUUGCAGCGCUCAACCUCCUGCGCUUCCUGCUCCUCAGAGAGCAGCAAACAGUGCCCACCUCCACUGCCUCUCCUCCCAGCCUGCUUCGCGCGCGCAACUGCUGGCUCCUGCCUCUGCGCUCCGCCGCUCUCGCCGCGCGGGCAUCCCUCGAAUCCAGGAGACCACGGGUCGUGGGUGGUAGGGAAGGGACUGGAUGCGGACAUGAGGACGAAGAAGGGGCGAGUGGAGAGGAGGAGGAUGGGGUGGGUGGGGAGGAGGAGGAGGGGGAGGAGGAGAUGGAUGAGCAGGCAUGGGUGCGGGAGUGGAUGGGAGUGGAGACGGUGCUGUCGCUCGUGGCCCGAUGCCUGGAGCUCGUGGAGGCAGACCAAGGCGUGUAG